GUACCUGGCCAAGUUGUCGUCAGUGGGUAGCAUCCGGGAUGAGGAGACGUGCGAGAGGUUACGAGGUCUCAUCCAGAGACAGGUGCAGAUCUGUAAGCGCAGUGUGGAGGUGAUGGAUGCCGUGCGUCGUGGAGCUCAGCUGGCGAUCGACGAGUGUCAGUUCCAGUUUAGAAACCGGCGAUGGAACUGCUCCACGCUGGAGACCAUGCCUGUGUUUGGAAAAAUUGUCACGCAGG